AUUAAAAGGUACCAGUUUUGUUUAGGUUAUUUCUUAGUAAUCGCAAUAUUGAUGAAAUAUAGAGAAAAUGGCCUCGUCAGAUGUGGAAAUUUGUACUAUCUGUUAUGAUGAAUGGAAUUCUGAAGAAGCUAUCAUAUGGUGCACAGAAUGUGAGGAGUUUCUGUGUAUAGACUGCGAAAAACAUCAUAAAAAGAUGAAAAUAUCUGAUGACCAUAAAACAAUGUCUAUUGAGGACUAUCACAAGUUACCUCAAUUUGUACAGGAUAUAAGUACCUAUUGCCAAGAUCACAUGGAGAAAUUUAAACUUUACUGUUCUUACCAUGUCUGUCCAUGCUGUGAAAAGUGCUUUGGUGAUAAACACAAGAAAUGUAGGGAUAUGAAACCACUAUCAGACAUUGUAGCACAAGUGAAAUCAUCUGCCUGGGUUCAACUUCUUGAUAAAGAUUUGAAGGAUGUGAAGGAAAGCUUUGAAGAGAUAAUAAAAUACUUAAAUGGUAGGGUUAAUACAUGCAAAAUUCAGAGAAUACAAGCGUUUGCAAAAAUUCAAUAUAUGAGGAACUCAAUAGAUGAAUUAUUCAAUAAACUAGAAAAAGAAAUAAAAGAUGACUUAGAAUAUAAACAUUCAGAGCUGGAAUCAAAGAUGAAUACUCUCCUACAUCAACUGGAGCAACAAGCCAAUCAGAUAAGUCAAUUGCAGAGUGAGUUUUCCCAAAUGACACAAUAUGCAACUGAACUACAAAUGUAUGUUGGUCUGAGAGAAAUAGAGAAAACUACAUCUAAAGCAGCACAAUACAUAGAAGAUUUAAAAAGGGGAGACAACUUCAAAGAAAAUAACUUUGAUGUAACCAUUUCCCCUUCCGUUCAAUCAAUUUUAAAAUACGUCAAAUCGUUUGGUGAUAUAAAUAUGAAUACCAGACCAUCUCCUCUUCAAGUUAAUGCUGGAAGAGAAGACCAAGCACAGUUUCUAGUUCCCACUUAUCCAGGAUUUGAACUCAUUAAGACAUCAAUGUUGAGAACACUGAUUAUCCCAGAUGAUAAGAAGUUUAUUCAUAUAGGUGCCUGUAGGAUAUUAUCUGAUAGCACAUAUCUAACUCUUAAUAACCAGGAUAAAAAAAGUCAGCUGUGGUUAUUCAAUAAUGAUGGUACCUUUAAAAGAGAGGUAAUAGGAAAAUUACCAGGAUCUUCAUUGGAUACAUGCUUUGUCAGAAAUAAUACAGUGGCUGUAACAUUAGGAUCAGCAAACCAGACAGUGCUGGUAGAUAUAGAAAAGAAAAAAGUUAUUAAAAAAAUUAAACUUUCUCAUGAUUGUUGUGGAGUAGCAAGUGAUGGUCAAAUAUUGGUCAUUGGCAGUAGAGAAAAAAGUACCAUAGUGAACUUGGAUGACGUUAAGUCUCAUAAAAUCUUAGAAGAAGUUAAGGCAAAUUUUAUUUCGUUAUUCAAAGGAAAUAUCUAUGGAACCAUUGGCGAUGAACAAAAAGUCUGCUGCUACACAAGUACUGGAGAUCCUCUUUGGACAUUUAAACACUGUGACAUCAGCUUCCCACAAGGGAUAACACUAGACAUGAAUGGCUUCAUUUAUAUAGCUUCUACUGAAAACAACAGUGUCAUGGUAGUAUCACCUGAUGGCAAAACAAGCAAGACAAUACUAUCAGGGGCUGAUGGAAUCAAAAAUCCUAUAGCAAUAGACAUUAACAGAGAAACAGGAAUGAUGUUGGUGUCAAGUAUAAUAAGUGAUGAUAGCGAGGAGAAAUCUUCUCAAAAAGUUUUUGUUUUUCAAAUUUGAUAUGUGAAUAUAAAUAAGUUUGAUAAUAAUGACAUUUUGUAUGAAUCAGCUUCUGGUUAUCAGAAACGAAUUUGAAAUUUAAAAAAGCGACGACUGACCAUAACAAACAUCUGUAAAAUAUUAAAGUUAUAGUGUGAGAUGUUUUCAUUUUGUUAAUAAAAAUGAUAUCUAUA